AUAAAGAAAAAAAAAAAAAAAAAAAAAAAACUAAAAGACAAGUUUCAUGAUGGAUAUGAGCAGCGAGUCUAGUGCAGCAAGAUGGUACGAACCACCCCGAACGUCCCUGGAGCCGCCCUCGGCGGCAGCCGCUGGGGUGGCCGGAGUCGUUGGCAAUCCCACCGACUACAGGGGUUACUACCCCCAUGCCGGACCUACCCCCCACCACCCUGCCGCCGCGGCGGCGGCGCACUACGCCCACACGAGAAUGUCGAGUAGCGGUGUGACAAGCGGUCCAGUAAGUCAAGUUUGUCGGCCGCACUUUCACAGCACGGUAUUACAUCCGUGGUUGUCCGGUAGCGGGGCGGAUACCUCUAAAACGCCAUGGGGUUUUCCAACGACAACGGCAUCGACCGGUGGUACAGUAAACGACGACAAACCACAGAGUCCAUUGGGUUCAUCUUUACCACCCACAACGGGUAGUUUAUCGAGUCACGGGGCUGGCGGCGGGGGUACGCACCAUCUGUUUUCUUUUCCCCCAACGCCGCCGAAGGAUGCUACGCCCGAUAGUAUAACCGCGAGUACGACGUCUAGUUCUAAUAACAAUGCGACAAACAACAGCGGUAGCGGGAGCAACAACAAUAACAACGGUAGCGGAGCGAACUCUUUGGGAGGAUUGGGUGGUGGAGGUAACAGCGAGUACCAAGCAGCCGUGGCCCAUGCAGCGGUUAUGGGUGCGUUUAUGCAUCAUCAGGAUGCGCUGGGAGCCGGCGGGGCGGGUAGUUGCGACGUUAAACCUACGGUUAUGUUGGGUCAUCAUCAUGGUGGUGCACCAUCGCCGCCACAUCAACAGCACGGAGGGAACGCGGGGAACAACGGUGGUGGUAGCAGUAACAACACGGCGGCCAGUUCGGGACAGGUGAAACAACGCGAAGGUAAUAACCAAUCGGGAAGUGGUCAACAACAAGCGAAUGGCUCUCAACAGCAACAGCAACAACAGCAAGCGGCACAGCAGCAGCAGCAGCAGCAACAGGACGCGUAUCAAAAUAACAACGGGGCCAGCUCGCCCUGCGGAAGGGACAGCUAUGCCGCCGCCGCCGCUGCGGCCUCGGCGGCACAAUAUGACCAGGCGACGAGUGCCUACAACAUGUAUCAACAUUUGCAGUACCCCAACGCUGCCCACCACCAUCACCAUCAUCAUCAUCAUCAUUUGAAUGGUGGUGGGGGUGCUGGGGGAGGCGGCGGCUCCGGCGGCACGGCCACGUCCUCCUCCUCGUCGUCCUCCGCGUCGUCCCACAAUCCGCAUAACAACAACAACAACAACAAUAACAACAACAACAGCAACAACAACGGCAACUCCGGGAACUCGGGGACGACGGUCGGCGCUCUUUUCGCCGCGGCGGCGCAUCACGGCGCCGGUGGUAACCCUAAUUCUGGUGUACCCGGUGUCGUGAGCCCUGCCGAUUCGAAGCUACUUUCGGCUCACGCGAGCAACGCGCAUUCCAACAAUCCGGGCUCGCCCGGCGCGCAUCAGCAUCAUCAGCAAAAGCCCAGGAACAAGUCGAGAACGUCCGCCGAGGGUCGUGAGUGCGUUAAUUGCGGUGCAACAUCGACACCUUUGUGGAGACGAGAUGGUACUGGACAUUACCUCUGCAAUGCUUGUGGUCUUUACUACAAAAUGAAUGGACAAAAUCGACCACUAAUCAAACCUAAACGACGCCUUUCGCUGCAGAGUGCGGCGAGACGGGCGGGCACCAGCUGCGCAAACUGCAAAACCGGAACGACGACACUUUGGCGAAGGAAUCAAGCCGGUGAACCAGUAUGCAACGCAUGCGGUCUCUACUACAAACUGCAUAAUGUUAAUCGGCCAUUGACGAUGAAGAAGGAAGGAAUACAAACGAGGAAUAGAAAACUAUCGUCAAAGAGUAAGAAGAAGAAGGCAGGUAGUUGUCUAGGAUUGGGUGGUGUCAUGGGUGAUGUCAUGAUCAAAGCUGGUGGACACAUUGAUCUUGACAACAAACCUUUCCAUUCAGGAUUUGGAUCACCUAUGGGUAAGCAUUAA